AUGUCUCUUGUGUUUGCUCGGCACGGACUGGGGAUAUGCGUGCAUCUUCCAUCCGGGAUUACCAAUGGAGAGUCAGUUGUUCUCUGCCGGUUUGGCCUACGCGGGAUCACUACCGGUGACGAUGCUCGUGAGGAACUUGGCAAGUAUGGAUAUGCCGAUCCCCCGCUGCAUUGUCUGGAGCUAUCGUGUCGCCGUCAUAACCAUAUUUUUGUACCUCUCACGGUGACCCCACGAGACUCAUUCACUUGUACGUUAGUGGGAAACCAGUCCGACAUGAGCGGAUUGCGCACGUCCGGGUCCGGCGGCCUCUGCCUGCCGUACCGAGAUUUAAGCGUUUCGAUCAGCAUACUACCAGUACAGCGGGGUUGGCGACCUUGA